UUUGAGAUUUGACAGUGAAAUUCUGCCAAAUUUUAAUAGAACUCUUUAGUCGUUACUCGUUAGAGCUCUAUUGCAAUUUUGGAAGAACGAGAACUCCCCUCUUUCAAAUUUCAUCUAUACCGUAGUAAUUAUUAAUCUAUUUCCUAAGGUAAUGGCGAGUCUACAACAUUUGGAGUUUGAAGAGGCCAUUAGUUGCCCAGUAUGCUUAUCACGUUUUGAUGAAGCUGAAAAAAAACCAAAAUAUCUUGUGUCAUGUUGUCAUACAAUCUGUCGAUUUUGCCUGGAGAAGAUUUCUCGUUCUGGAUUUCUGAGGCGUGUCAAUUGUCCGAUUUGCCGCUGUCCAACCGACUGUUCAGGUGGUGUCGAUAGCCUUCCAACCAAUAGUGAUAAGUUGUACCUCUUAAAAUUAGAGAAACCUUUAAAUAAGAGUGACGACGAGACCUUUAACUGGUGUUUCACAUGCCGAAAACGAACAUCUUCUCAUUGUUCGACUGAAAAGCAUUCGGUGAUUGAAAUGAACCCUCAACUUCUCAACAGCGACAUUCAGCUGAACAUGUCUACCAUAUCCUCCAGGCUUCGAGGUUGUGGCCAAUCAAUUCUACAGAAUCGCAUACAAAUUGGAUCAAAACUCGAUCACAUUAGUCAGUGGUUGUCGUCUCACCAGGAAAUGAUUGAACACUUAAAAACAACUAACUCGUCGCGGAUCUCCCAACUUAGUGACAUGAUUGAAGGGACUGACAUCACCAUAAGCAUCCAGAAGCUAAUGCAACUUUCAAUUAGCAAAGAACACGACCUUGGAUUGUUGACUGAUAACCUUCAAGAGGAAGCUUUUACUAAGAAAUUACUUGACGAGUUUGAAGUCGUGGAGAACACAGCUGAGAUCUCUACGAUGGGCCGUUUCUGUUCGCUUCUCGACUUGCCUUCUGUGCCGCAUCUUCGCAAAGGCCUUAGCUAUUCAAAUUUCUUUAAAAACCAAUCAAUCCGCGCGCAUUGGCCAAUUGUUUUGAUCGAAUCUUUGGCAGCCGGCAAUAAAAUUCCCCUCUCUAAACGCGACGAAUUUCGUCCCAGGGUAGCACAGAGUUCAACGAUGCUCCCUUGCGUAGAAUCGCCUCAUCAAAGAGCAAGCCGUUAUUUUACGCCUUUAUCAGAAUUAUCACCAUCACCUUCAUCAACUGCCUUUACAAGCAACACCGGUGCAUCUGGUGCUGCACCUCUCGUGCCAGUUUUUCACUUUGGAACAACUACUGGGUCUUCGACAACUUCUUCUUCAUUAGGAACAGGCGGCACAAGAGAAAGGGAAAUCCUUUUCGCUCGUAGAAGACGGCACCGUGCUAGCAAUUCGCACGAAGCCCAUUAAUUUAAAAAAAAUAUUGGUGAUAAAAUCAAUAAAUGUAAAAAUUUGUAAUGUAAAUACGAUUUUAGGAAACAAUGCAAAUACACUUCAGUUAAUAUUAA